ACACCCCAGCUGGGGGACACAGGCCACUAUAGAAGCUCAAGUUGCCCAGCCCACCCAGAGCUUGUCUCUCCUGGCUGCUUGGGGGAAAGACUGCUUUCUCUGCGGUCGUACAGUAAAAGAGUUCUUUUCCUUUUUCUUUACUCUUCCUCUCCGGCUCCUUUUCUUCCUCUCCUCUUCCCCUUGCCUCUUCAAACCCCUCUUCUUCACUAUCUCCCCACACCCCCCACGCCCUUAGUUUCCUCUAUCGCAGUAGCAAAUAGCUGCGAUUUCCUCUUGGGGAAACUACGUGGAUCCUUCCCCAGGCUCCUCGCUCCGCCCCAGUGUCCUUUCCCCUCUCCCGUGAAGAGACCUGAGCCGGGGUCUGAAGUGAGAAGAGAGGUUCUCUAGCCCGGGGCUGGGAGCAGGGAGAGUGGUGGGAGGAGAGCAGCUGGCAUCUGACCCAUCUCCGCCAUGUGACUCUAUCUUCCACCCACCUACCCCCCGCCCGGGCGCGCCCUCCCUCCCAGCGCCCCGGCCCCCAUUUGCCGUUCGCCCCGCACCAUGUUUCAGCGGGAUCGGGGGCAGCUAACGUCGCCCCUGCAGCAUCCCAACCUCAGGAGACAGGUAGAGCCUGUGCUACUAUUUCGCCUCUUCUACUGUACCUUCUUGGUGUGCACCAAAGAGAUCGCAGCCCUCACUGACUUCUCCGGUUACCUAACCAAACUUCUGCAAAACCACACCUCGUAUGCUUGUGAUGGUGACCGUUUGAGUCUUCAGUGCCCUCGGCAUUCUACAAUUAGUGUCCAGUCAGCAUUUUAUGGUCAAGAUUACCAGAUGUGUAAUCCACAGCAGCCUGCAACCAUGAUGAAAGACCAUUUAACCUGUAUGGCCCCCACAGCUCUACAGAAAGUACUGGAUGAGUGCCAAAACCAGAGAGCCUGCCAACUUCUUGUCCAUAGUCGUGUUUUUGGACCUGACUUUUGUCCAGGAACUACUAAAUACCUCCGGGUCUCCUUUAAAUGCAAACCUAAUGAAUUCAAAACCAAAACUGUCUGUGAAAACCAAGAGCUGAAACUUCACUGCCAUGAGACAAAGUUUCUUAACAUUUAUUCUGCAACCUAUGGUAGAAUAGCAUCUGAAAAGGACAUCUGCUCUUUUGAAAAAGAUUAUCUUCCUCAAUUUGAUUGUUUAUCUUAUUCAGCCUUGGAUGUAUUAUCAAAGAGGUGCUAUGGAAAGCAGAGAUGCAAAAUAAUUGUCAACAAUCAACAUUUUGGAAGUCCUUGUCUUCCAGGAGUGAGAAAAUACCUCACUGUGGGCUAUGCAUGUGUUCCCCAAAACAUACUUACAGCGGUUGAUCCAAUGGUUUCUAAUCUAAAUCCUUCUUUGAAGCACAAAGAUGGUGACUAUGAUAUAAACUUUGACCCAAGCGAAUCAAAGACUCUGGUGAAAGAUGGAGUUAUUGUCAGCAACUCUUUGGCCACAUUUGCUUACAUUAGAGCUCACUCUGAAAGAGCCGCUCUGCUGUUUGUUUCCAGUGUUUGCAUUGGCUUAAUCGUCACGCUAUUUGCUGUGGUGAUCAGAGUUUCAUGUACCAAAGACUUUCAGAAGCUAAAGCAGAGGAAGAAACUCUUAGUGCCAGAAAUCGACAAGGCAGAGGACGACACUGAGGAUGAAGAAGAGGAAGAUUCUUCAGACUCAGACUUUCCAGAUGAAAUGACAGGAUUUUUCCGGACUUCUUACCCAGUCUAUAGUUCCACGGAAGCUGCCGAGAUGGCAGAAAGGAUAGAGCGCAGGGAUCAGAUCAUUCAAGAAAUAUGGAUGAAUAGUGGUUUGGAUACUUCUUCUCCGAGAAAUAUGGAUCAGUAUUAUUGAAAACCAAAUAUGGAUUGAGGAGUAUGUCCUUUCACAUGGGGGUGGAGGGAGGAUCUCCAGUGUGAGAAGGGUGAGACUUCAAAAUCCCCCUUAACGUUUGUGUCAUUCGUACCUUCUGUGAAGGCAAAUUUGCAACAACAUCCAAUAUUAGUGAAAUGGAAAAAAAGAUAAUAAAAAGGAAUGAUUUUAUUUGUCUGGUACUAUGAAUAAAG